AUGAGUUUUAAAGGUUUUACAAAAGCGAUUGCGCGGGCACCGCAGUCCUUCCGCCAUAAGUUCAAGAUGGGGGAGCAGACGACUGACCCUGUGUAUGAGGAUGCAGAGCGUCGGUUCAAGGAACUGGAAACAGAGACUAAGAAAUUGAGUGACGAAUCUAAACGGUACUCUGGUGCUGUCAAUGGAAUGUUGACACAUCAGAUUGGGUUCGCCAAGGCGAUGGAGGAACUGUUCAAGCCGAUCAGCGGUAAGAUGAGUGAUCCGAAUGCUACUGUCCCUGAGGAUAACCCUCAAGGUAUCGAGGCGAGUGAACAGUAUAGGACUAUAGUUGCCGAGUUGCAGGAGACUUUGAAACCGGACUUAGCGCUUAUUGAGGAUAAGAUCAUCAAACCGUGCCAGGAGUUGCUGAGCACGAUUGGGUAUAUUCGUAAGAUGGCAACGAAGAGAAACCACAAGAAACUGGAUCUGGACAGGAAAUUGAACAACCAUGCCAAGUACGAAAACAAGAAGGAACCCACGCCUAAGGACGAAGAGAGGUUGUACAAGGCACAAGCGGAAAUGGAGGUUGCACAGCAAGAGUACGAUUAUUACAAUGAGUUGAUGAAGACACAGUUGCCUAUCCUGUUUGGGCUGGAGGCCCAAUUUGUUCAACCGCUGUUCGUAUCCUUCUACUUCAUGCAACUGAACAUAUUCUACACACUUUACAACAGAUUUCAAGACAUGAAGAUUCCAUAUUUCGAUCUAAACAGUGACAUUGUAGAGGCGUUCAUGGCCAAGAGAGGCAAUGUAGAGGAACAAGCUGAUGCAUUGACAAUCACGCAUUUCAAAGUUGGGUACUCGAAGGCGAAGCUGGAGAUGACCAAAAAACGUUACGGUGCCGGAAGAGAUGGUGCUGCUACUGAUGGACAAACGGGCACACCCGGAUAUGGAUCUCCAGAACCUGGCCAACCGGGUAACGUUCCACCGGGUUACGGUCAAACAGCCUACGGUCAACCAGGAUACGAUGAGAAGGCGGCAUAUAACCAGCCAGGAUACGGCCAGCCAGGGUACGGCCAGCCAGGGUACGGCCAGCCAGGGUACGGCCAGCCAGGGUACGGCCAACCCGGAUACAGUCAACCCGGAUACGGCCAGCCAGGAUACAAUGAAAAGGCGACAUACGGCCAACCCGGGUACGGUGCUGCAGCAGCUCCUGCAGCCCCUGGUUACGGGGCUGCACCAAUGUCCCCCAUGUCUCCUAUGUCCCCCGUGGGCACUGCAGGGGCACCUGGUGCAGCUCCAGUAGCUGCUGCUGCUACCACUGGAGCACCACCUCAAUACACACCUACCCCAACUGCUCAACCUGGUAUGGGUGCCGCACCAAUGCCCACCGGUGUUGAAACGGUGACAGCACUAUACGAUUACCAAGCGCAAGCUGCUGGAGACCUAAGUUUCCCCGCGGGGGCCACCAUUGAAAUUGUACAACGGACCGCGGACGUCAACGAGUGGUGGACAGGGAGGUACAACGGCCAACAAGGUGUGUUCCCCGGGAACUACGUCCAGUUCAACCAGUGA